GGUGACAAGCGCGCCUCGGACGCGCCGUCUGCCGUUCUCCAACAUGCUCUCCACGUCGUACCGACUGCUCUCGCGAACAUGCCUCACAUCGAGUAGUGUCCUGCAGGUAACUCCACGACGAUGCCUGGCAGGUGUUUCAAGGGCGUACAGGACCAACACUAGUCCCAUUCUGCGGGCGGCCGGCCGGCGGAGUCUCACUACGAAGGUCCCGCCAGAAUCCUCGUCGACGACAACCAGCGACGAAUCCAAAACUACCGCGGAGUCAUCUCUCAACGUCUCUACCGACAAGACUGCUGAGGAUAGCGUAUACCACGGUCCUCUCACCAACACCUUCCGGCGUCUCAAGCUCUUCUCCCUAUCAUCCCUUGCGCUCACUGUAUCCCUCGCGCCAUUCAUCUUCGUAAUCGAAACGACGUCGAACUUGCCCUUGUCUGGUCGAUUUGCUCUCGCGGGAGUCGCCAUAGCCACCAGCGGAGUGUCCACUGGACUUGUAGCAUGGGCGGGCCGCCCGUAUGUCACCAAGCUGCGCUGGCUCGAAGGCGGACGCGGGAUUGAGAUGACGACCCUUACGGUCCGACUGCGCGAGCGUGUUACGAAGGUGUAUGACACCGCGUUUUUGGUACCGGCGACGAGACCGCUCGCAACGUUCGAGCUCGCGGAAGCGUUUCAAUUGCCAGCCGAGGAGGUGAACCAGGGCAAAAAAGACGGAUCCUUGCCUCGGGAAGAGACCAUCGCGGAAACGUUGACUCCGCAAGGGACUGUUGUUGGAAGGUGGAUUGUGCGGUGGGAUGAGGAAGGGAAGGGAGCAUGUCGGCCGGUAGGGAAAGUCGCCAGGCAUUUCAACGUUCACCAGGAGCUACUUGAUAGACCUAUCCGGUAGCCUAGGCAGGCGUAUGUCGUGGUCUGUGAUGGCCGGAGGUCCUGAGGGCCUAAUAUUGCUAAGUCUCGUCACUGCCAUUUACAUACCGAGCACACCACAUAAGUUUGCAAUACACUCGGCGAUACCGUGUUGGACACUC